AAGUGCAAUGAGUUCUCGCGGUUCAUUUUUCUUACAUUCUUGUAUCCGUCAUCGGCAAGCCACUAAUUAAUCUGUGGCAGAUCUAAAUUCACGAAAGUAUCGUUAUUGCAUAUCUACAGGCACGUGCUCGCAUUAUUGUCGUCUCUGUAUAAAGAAAGGAAAGUCGCGACUCGCGAUAAAAUGCGCCACCGGCUCGAAGAAGCAGCGUCUUGAGUGCGAUAGGAUUAAUAUGCAGAAAUGAAAAAUAGUGGAAGCGGGAAACGCGUUGACAGUUGGUGGUAUGUUUCAUGAGUGAGCGGGAUGAAUGUUGAAGAACGAACAGUUGCGCAAGAUGCCUCUGACCUAAGGACAGGUUGGAGUACGCAGCAAUCACAGCGACAGAACACUCAAUUGGUUGAGCCUACUCAGGAUCAGAAUCAACUUGCAAACCAGCAAGUCGAACAAAAUUCUGCGGAGUCUUCAAACAUGACGGAUCAGCGAGAACAGCAGCUUCAACCUCAGCAACAACAACAACAGUUACAGCCACAGCAACAGCAAAGCAAAAACAUCGACGAGCCACGGACAAAUUUGAUUAUUAAUUAUCUUCCACAGUGCAUGACCGAAAAAGAUCUUUAUAGCUUAUUCGUAACGAUUGGACCUGUGGAGUCCUGUCGUGUAAUGAGGGACUACAAAUCUGGCUAUAGCUAUGGCUUUGGAUUUGUCAACUAUGCGAAAGCUGAAGAUGCAGCAACUGCCAUAAAUACCUUAAAUGGUCUGCAGGUUCAGAACAAAAGGCUAAAGGUAUCUUUUGCACGACCAUCAGGAGAGGAGAUCAAAGAGACCAAUCUUUAUGUUACAAAUUUACCAAGAAAUAUAACUGAGAGUCAGAUUGACGACAUAUUCAGCAAAUAUGGAAACAUCGUACAAAAGAACAUUUUAAAGGACAAACUCACCGGACUCCCAAGAGGUGUGGCAUUUGUCAGAUUUGAUAAAAGAGAAGAGGCGCAAGAAGCGAUCGCAAGACUACAUGGCACGAUACCAGAGGGUGGAUCGGAGCCGCUCAGCGUAAAAAUCGCGGAGGAACAUGGCAAACAAAAGGCGGCAUAUUAUGCAGGGUGGCAAGCCGGAUAUAAUCAGAGUCGAGCAAUACAUAGAACCCGCAGUUUGCCUGACACACCAACUUGUUGUAUGCCUGCGAAUAAUUACUCUUUAGCGAGCGUCGUUGCUAAUCCGUGGUUAGCUCUGGACAGAUUGCAUUUGCAGAAACGUGUGGCUUUAAUGGAAAAUUUGUUCCAUGCAUGGCUGUGUCCAGUAUCAAGCAAUUAUUGCUACAGCGAUGGACUAAACUGUUUGGACGUGUCGCCUAGUCGAAUAGCGACCAUACUCGAGGCUUCCUGCAAACUCGAUUAAAUCAAAGACUGCAAUAAAAUAGGUAGAGGAAGGACCGAACAAUUUUGUCCAUUACUGUGCAUACAUACUCUUCAAUGUUUCGAAUAAUUCUUUAACAUGCCAUUUUCAUUUCUAUGCUCGCCAAUCCACGAAGGAGAACGUCUGUAUACGACCAGGAUUAAAUACCAACGUUAUGUGCAUUAUCUUUAUUAAAAAGAGAGAAAAAUGCUUUCUAGUUCGGUUGUAUCGUACGUUGUUAAUCUUGCACUUAUGAUUACGAGUCUCCCACUGGGGUAACAAUGAAUAUUGGCAUGAUUCAAGUGCGCUUAACACCAGCCACCGUUGUUUACCAUUGUAACUCGAUGAAAUACUCAACGAUAUUAGAAAGGUGAUAAUUUCAUUUCGCGAACGGAGGCAUUCAUGUUCGUUCGUUAUGUUUUGUAUGAUAAGACGAAGCAGUGUAGGCGUACGACGUCAACCGGAAGUGUGUCCUCCGGGAGCGUUCGUCGAAUCGCGAUAAAUCGUACGGGUUCCUAAGGCUUGAAUUUCAUUUCACGAUUCGCCGGAUGAUAUAUAAAGAGAGUACAGUAUUCCUGUUUGUAAUUCGAGAUUAACGACACAAUUUGCUCAAACGAUUGUAACCGAAACAAACCGAGAAAGAGAGGCCAGUCUGUGUGUGGUUGAACGCGUAGACCCGAAAGCAGAGAAACACCAACUAAAUCUAUUCUAUAAAACGAAAAGAUUUUGAAGCUCAACGUUCUCGUUUCGUCUGUUCAGUUUCUCUUUGUUCGCUGUACGUGGUCCAUGCGUUGAACCCUCUCUGUGCAAUGAGAAAAACCCUCGGACGUGUUCAGAGACUGAUCCUGUGGACACACGAGGCAGUCUGUUUUUAGGAAUAGACUAAGAUGUUCCCCAGUUUUGACAGUGAUUUUAAGUAGUCGAAACGUUGCACAAUUUUUACGAUCGUCGACGCGACAGUCAAAAGUUCGUCAUGAUGUGUCCGUCGAAAAUGGACGCGUACGUAGUUAGCGAAACUAUUCAAAAAAUGAAAGAGAGAGAGAGAGAGAGAGAGAAAGAGUUCUGUUGACGUACAAGCUUCGCGCGUCAGCUUCGAGUCGAAUCGAAUCGAAAUCAAAAAGAAAAAUCCUGAUCGACCGGCUAAGCGAACAGUGGCGAUUCUUCUUAGAGAGAUGUUAAACACGAUCUCCGCUGUUACUAAAACUUUCGUCCUUUUGAUCCUAAUAUAUUACAUAUAGAUAAAAAAAAGAUCGGUCGAAACGUUUCCGCAGGAGAGAUUAUAGGUCCUGAUUAGAUAGAGAAAUGAUCGUAUCUCCCACGAACAGACCCUGACAAUCGUUCCUUUUUUUUUAUCGAAUUUUCGCGACUAUUGCGCGUAUAUUUAUCUCUCGUAUAAAAUGUAGAUCAUAUUAUGAUUCCAUUCGGACGUUGCGACGUAGGAGGCACGACUUGUCAUCGAGACCUCACUCGAUUACCGAUAAUAGACAGCGUUUCAGAUACGCUUAAUCGAGAACGGGUAUGUACAACUCUUAUGGGUUCGUUCCGAAUUGCAUUUCUCAUCGGUAGUUGCAUUUUAAGAAUGGAUAUUACCGAUGUUACCUGCAUUCUUGUCACCCGGGACAACCACCGUCCAGCAAUAAGCGGCACGAAUUCGAACACAGUGUAAUUACGAAAGCAAUACUAACGAAACUAAAAGUGUUAUACUAACGAGACCACUGUGGCCGAGCGAUUAGAGUCCUCGACCGCUCACUAGAAACGGUUGUUGUUCGAAUCCUCCUGGAGGGUGUGUGAAAAUCAUUUUCAUUAAAAUUUGCCAUUUUUCUUACGAUACGUUCGCUUGUAUAUUUAAUUCAACCUACGUAUGAUAAUAUAUUAUCUAAACAAAUAUAAAACUAACGAAGUAAUUGGUUGUGCAUCCCCGGUCGAAAAGUAUCGAUAUCUAAUUAUAUUGGUUGAAAUCUCUUAGGAAUUUAAUAUUGCGAAUGCGCCGGUAUUUGAACUGUGUUUCACCUAAAAGGGAAUACUCUCUCAAUAAGAAAAUUUGCGCGAUUGCUGUGAAUUUCUUUCUAUAUCCUUCACACACGCGCGCGCGCGCGCACCACACACACACACACAUAUACACAUACAUACGCGCACACACACGUGUCAAGGAAGGCGAAUCAUCUUCAUUCAAAAAAGAAUAACACGAAAGCGUGUGUUUAUAUGGAAGGGAUAUAAAGAAAUGAUAAAGAAAGGCGAGGCUGGAUAUUUAAAAAAUGAUUAUUGAAUACUUGAGAAAUUUAAUUAGCAGUUAAGUUAGAACACGGUCUUAAUGAGUAAGGUUUUUCGAACAUAUUUCUUCAGAAUAUAAUUAUUAUAUUCAUGCUGCGGAAACGAACUCGCAUCGUUUUUCCCAUAUACAUAGAAAGAAUUAUUAUUAAAAAAAUAGAAUAUUACAAAUGUGCAUUUACCUAUAUCAGUAUUUCCUGAAAAUUGCACAACUCACUUGGGGAAAGCCUGAAACUGAAGUGAGAGAGGAUACUUUUAACGAACUUGUGUUAACUCUUGAUUGUUUCUGGAGGAACGACGCGAGACGUUGUAACGACGUCGAGAAGACACGCAUUGUAAAUACGCCCGAAGAGUUCUCUAAUUUUAAAAACGUGUUAAGUAGUAAAACUAAAGGAAAACCGUGAAGUUUUUAAAAAACGGAUCGUUGCGAAAUGGUUAAUUCUGAAGUCCAGUAGUGCUAACGAUGGCUGUGAUACGGAUAAGGAAAAAUAAAAUGCAAAAAUCGUCAAACGAGAGAAAGAAAGGGAAAACCGACAAAAAAAGCAAAAAAAGAAUCAACGAGAAAAAUCGUGUGAAUUCUGAGAGUUCGCGCAUCAUACGGAUAUUUGUGAGAAAAGACAAAAAAAAGAGAAAAAUAAAAACUUGCGGCGCUCUCUCUUCCUCGCUCUCUUCCUGCUUCUCUCCCCCUCUCUCGCUCUGUUUCUCUCGAUCGAAAAGUAGCAUUAUCGACAGACCUCGAACAUGUAAAGUGUCGUACACACCGUGUUCCUUCCGUGGUUGCCUCGCGACAACCAUAAUCGAUGAGAGCGACGAAAUUGAGAGGCAUCGAAAAUACCUGCGACAUUCCCAAUAAUAACACUCAUCGUGCUUUCCUUCUUCUCCUCGAGGAAGAUGUCGCUAAUUAGCUCGUUCAGAGAAGGAAGAACGAGCCACGUUUUAAUUUUUAAUUCGAAUCUGAAUGUAGUGCGAGGCGGAAGCCGUGGUGUCUCCACUUCUGGGUCAUCGAGUACUCUGGAUGACCAUAAAUGAAAGAUUCUAAUUGCUUUCGACCUCAACUAUGGACUGACGAACAUUCCAUAGAUCUAUUCGAAGUUUCAGUAGAAUUGAUCUAACUUCAGAUAAACUUCCACGCCUCCGGAAUCGUCCAGAUUUCUGGAUGACCAUUCCACAGCUUCCAGUAGCUUCGUCUAGUUAUAAAUGACUUACGAACACGAUACAUAAUACACACGCAUACAUACACACAGCCAAGAACCGCUAUUUACAUCGAUAUUAGAAGACUAUGAUAGCUAGAGUGAACGGCAAAAACGCGUAAAACUUGUUGUGCGUAUAUAUACAUUUAUUAAAUGUGUUGUACAUCCGAGCGCGAACCACCCGAUUCGCUGUACCUUUUGUACUAAAACAACUACAAUAUAAACGCCAUCAUCUUCUUGCCAACAAAAACCCUCGGAGCUUCCAACGAAAUCUCAGCAAAAGCCCUAAGUCUCCUCCGGUUGCACAACGAAGAACCCGAAAACCAGAAAAAAAAACCCUGAAGAAUGUUUGAGUACACGUCUCGAGAGACCUCGACAUCACCGUCCGAAGAAUCAUCAGGACAAAUCGCGCCAGUCCGAGAAAGAGAGAGAGAGAAUUAACACCGGCGUGCACUAUUCAACACUCGUUCUUUCAGUCCUUCUACCACAUAAGUAUCUUAUACCUUUCUUAUCCUCGUUGCUACGGGUCCGCGUGAUGCUGUAGUCGCUCGUUAAAUUUGAUUAAAACACUAGAAACUGAAA